AAGAACAAAGCCAGUGGAGGUGCCUUUUCUCCUCACCAUCCCACUAUCUGUUAACUCGCGGCCUCCAGCCCCCAGUGCAAUCCGGGGGGAGCAAGAUGAAGUGGAAGGGGAUUGUUAUCUCUGCUGUCCUGCAGGCACAGCUCCCAAUUACAGAUGCUGCACCGGUUCCAGGACUGACAGACCCGAGACUGUGCUACAUACUGGAUGGGAUCCUCUUCAUCUAUGCAGUCAUCAUUACGGCCCUCUUUUUGAAAGCUAAGUUCAGCAAAGCCCCUGAAUCCCCAGCACUGCAGGGCCAGAAUGACGUGUAUAAUAAAUUGUCUCGUACAACCAGAGAUGAAUAUGAUGUUCUGGGAACUAAAAAGAGAGGCUCUGACCUUGAAAUGGGAGGGAGAAAUCAGCAGAGAAGAAAGAAGUCGUCUCAGGACACAGUUUACACUUCUUUGCAGAAGGACAAGAUGGGCGAGGCAUACAGUGAAAUUGGGAAGAAGGGAGAGCACCAGAGGCGGCGAGGCAAAGGGAAUGAUGCUGUCUACCAGGUAGGGACUCCGCAACCAAGGACACAUAUGAUGCCCUCCAGAUGCAGCCGUUGCCCCCUCACUAAGUGGCAUUCGUGCAGUGGACGGGCAAGACUGAGACAAGUCCAGAUGCUUUGGGCGAGGAGAGAAGGGAAACAAUCAUCAAUCCAAAAAAGGCCAUUCAGUCAACACCCAUUUUUUCAGGACUGCAAAUUAUAUAUGCGUGGUUCAUUGCACAAAGUAGGACAAGUCUGGAUUUAGUUCCCCUCCUCCCUUCCCCACUUCAAAACUAUACAAUCUCAAGCUUUAGCUUUUAAAUGUACAUAUCUGUAAAACUAUUCCUAAUGAUAGUGGCUGUUUUGUACCAGCAAGUGUUGGGCAGGAGACUAGGACGUUGGGUUCUCUUCCUCCUCCUCACUGAGCUGGUUUCUCUGGCUAUUUAAAAUCCCCCCAAAACUACACCCUAUUUACCCACCUCACAGGUGGUUGACAUUUAAUUACUGGCUAAAGCACUUUUAAGGUCCUCGAAAGGAAGGUGCUAUAGCUACACCCAGUAUUAUCUACAGGAAGACUAAUCUGCAUCAGCAUAACUAUGGCAGUCUAGCUCCAAUAUUUUUCUGCUGUAAAUUUAGCUUUAUUUCUAAGUUGGUUUUAGCUGUGGAGAGCUGUUCUUACUGUAAAUGACGACAUGUUUCUAGAGUGAAAGACAAAUGCUAAAAGCAGGCUCUACCUUGACAGUGUGAGGAGGAUUCAGUGCUAGGCUGCAACAAGCAAUCAAGAAAAUAACAUCCCAGUGUGACCAGCUCUUGCAGCACAUGGACGCAUCCAGAAAUGCUACUGGAAAUAUAUGAAAGCUAGGACUCCUUUACCAGCGAGGUUCCAUAGUAAAAACAGGAGUGGUGCAGCAUAUACAUUAUGCUCGAGAACACUGGGAAAGUUGGGAUUUAAUUAAAAAGGGAAGUUUUUUAAUCGACAAUCCAAAACUUGACUUCUCUCUUCCCUCACUGUUGCUCAAUCCACACAAUUUUUUAAGGGAUAUUCCUUCCCCACUUAAAAUACAGCACCGAAGUAUGUUCCUGUUAUAUAAAACAAUGCCAACAAGUGAUGAGUAUUUUGCUAAGGAAAGUGUACAAAAGCCAAAAGAAAUGUAAGAAUUUUUAAAUACCUGGCAGGAUAAUUUUAAAGAUGAGGAGUACAGAUUCAACACAAAGGUGAUGGUGGCUCAGCAAUUCAGAUGUUUUUUGAUGAGGUAAUAAAAUGGAUGGGGAAACCA